GUAGCUACCCUGGUGGAAAAGAAAAUCUUCUCAGUCAUCCGGAUGGUACCGUUUCGUAUUCCUACUAACCCGAAUUCAAACGCGCAAGUCCUACUAGCACGACCGUUCGCUAGCGUACGGAAUGUAAACAAAUGGCACAACACCACGAGACACGCCGAGGGUCCCCAAGAAAAAAAAAGAAAACCCUCAAUUGCUCACCCACACUUACCACGCAGAAUCCAAAGGAGGCGCACGGUUGUUGUCAUCGUGCCACGUGCUGAAGUUGAAUGUUUAUGUUUCUCUUGCUCCUUUCGCACGAGCGCGCCUUUUUCCCGCAACUGUCACACAUGUUGAUUGUUUACCUCCGUUCCGUUCUGCCAUGUGGCACACUUUCCACACCCCAAAGUGGAAAAACCCCCUGUAACGGGGAAAAGCUUCUCACAGGCCGUUACUGCGCAGGACCGACCGAGAAUCGAGAAACUUCAUUUUCACUGCUCGCAGCAUCGAAGCAGCUCAGGGGUUUUCCUGCCAUCGGGAACUGUCAAAAUUCUGCCACUCUGAACACCAGCACCAACGACUGCACACGGGAGCAAGGAGCAGACGGGAAAACUAGACAGAGCGCACGGUGUUGGAGGACGGACGGGAGGGUUUGCUGAGAAAAAAAGAUGGACGCCAUUGUUGAAGUUUGCUGCUGAACGGGUUGACUUUUCCUCCCUCUCGGAUGAUGGGUGCAAUUUUCCGAUGAAAAGCGUAUACGUACGAUGGUGAAACUGUGCCGAAUCGCUUGCGGACGGUACGUGCUAGUGCGAUAGUGUCGAUUUUACCGUCGUGGUAGCGGGAAUCGUUCUGUUUUCGUUACACUUUUGUUAGCACUGCGUGCGUGCGACGGUGGGAGUGGCGGGGAAACCCCCAGGGGAAGGAAAGAAAAGCUUGUGACGAAGAAAAAUCUAGUGCAGAAAGUGUGUGCGUUUGUGUGUGUGUGUGGUUUGAAACAACCACAAAAUCCUUUGUGUAAAGUAGCUAGGAGCUUUUAUUAUUAUACAGUGCGUUAUUGUGCCGAUUAGUGUGGUUUGCGGAAAAGUGUGUGCACCAUUUUUUACAACACACGGCUCCCUGCAUUUCCCAGCAAAUUUCCCUCCCAUCACGAGAGCCACCGCAAGUGCGCAUACAGAUACAUGCGUGUGUGUGUGUGCCCUCGUAUGUGUGUGUGUGUAGUGUGCUGGAAAAUUACUUCAUAAUUUCUUGCUCACUUGGCACACUGCGUGCGUGCCAGUUGUCUUUUGUUCUGGCCACUUCAAUGGCCUGAAUGUGAUGUCCGCAAGCUGUGUGUCCCGUCCGCGGACCCUUUGCGCACUACGUUCGCUGUAGUAAAAUCGUGUGUGCCAGCAGUGACCGAGACACCGAAUCACCCAAACCACGUAGACAUCCCCGAAAAAAAACCCACAAAGGUGUACUUGGUGGUUACUUCGGCUAUUCGGAACUGUCCGAUACCUUGGUCGAUCGGCGACGAUGUUGUACAUAGGCGGCAGAAGUAGCUGUGGCAUACUAGCUUUCACAUUUCUACUGUUCUUUGCCAUCUCCAUUACCCGUAGUGCCGAUGAGCCAACGACAACAAUCAAGUACAACGUUGUCCAAGCAUGGGCGGCCAAACUCGGCGGUGAACUGUGGCAUUUGGGGGAUUUUAUAACUAGAAGAAAAGAAGUAGAAGAGAGUUUUAAACAAGCACAAGUAGUUAGCAAAAAUGGACAAAAAAUUGUCGAAGAGAUGGCCAAGGAUCUCAAGUACAUGAUGGAUGCGAAAGUGAGCGCCGUGAAGCGCAUCAUGGAUACGGCGGAAAACACUGCCAUAUCGUUCGACGAGGAACCGGUGAACCAAAGCUUCCAGUACUACAAUGCGAAGCAGAUGAUCGAACCGGGGGAAAUUAUUACCACACCGAUCCCAAUGAUCGACGAAGAUCCGGCAGACAUCACCACGCCGAUACCGCCAAAGGAGAUCGUACUCACGAAGAAGCGCCAUUUCUUCAACGAAGCCGUCAACACGACGGUCAGCUCGGUGCACGUGCCGACGAACGUGUACGAUCGGGCGACCGAGGUGAUCAAGGCGAUCAAAUGGUCGGAAGCGCUCGAUUCCAUCUUCUACAACAACUACAUCGGUGAUCCAACCCUGACGUGGCAGUACUUUGGCAGCUCGAGUGGCUUUCUGCGUCAGUUCCCGGCGACCAAGUGGGAGCAGGAUCCGGUCGAUCUGUACGACUGCCGGUUACGGUCGUGGUAUAUCGAGGCGGCCAACAGCCCGAAGGAUAUGCUGAUUCUGGUCGACAGUUCCGGCUCGAUGACGGGCCAACGGAAGGAUAUCGCCAAACACGUCGUCUCGAACAUCCUCGACACGCUCGGACCGAACGACUACGUCAACAUUUUCACCUUCUCGGAAGAGGUGGCGGAAGUGGUGCCGUGCUUUCGCGAUACGCUCGUGCAGGCGAACAUGGGCAAUAUACGCGAGCUGAAGCUCGGUAUGGACAACAUAGACACCAAUGAGAUCGCUAACGUUUCAGCCGCCCUCACGAGGGCGUUCGAGUUGCUGGAACAGUUCCGCGAGACCCGUAACGGGGCCCGGUGCAAUCAAGCGAUCAUGUUGGUUUCGGAUGGUGUUCCAUACAGCUUCGACGAGGUGUUCGAGCAGUUUAACUGGAAGGAGCUACCGUUCAUACCGGUGCGCGUGUUCACCUAUCUGAUCGGUCGCGAGGUAGCAGACGUGAAGGAGAUCAAGGAAAUGGCCUGCCGGAAUCAGGGCUACUAUGUGCACCUGAGCACGAUGGCGGAAGUGCGGGAAGAGGUGUUAAACUACAUACCGGUCAUAGCGCGACCGUUGGUGCUGAAUAAGCGUGAACAUCCGGUCGUCUGGUCGGAGAUAUAUGCGGAUGUAGAAGACCCCAAAAUGACCGACUGGUUAUGGGAGAUUAAGGAACGGGCGGAGCAGAAAGAACGCUUCAUCGACUAUCGGAAGAACCGGGUGUUGUUCUACUCGCCGGAAGAACAACAUCGUCGAAUGAUCAUGAAGCAACGCAUGAACCAAGAUCCGUACUCGAACAAUCAGAAGUACAACUUCAUGACAACCGUCUCGGUACCGGUGUUUGAUAGGCGAGAAAAUGCGAACAUCACCGAAGACAUACUGAUGAACGAAGCAUACUGGGUGACGAUCACUCGAGAGACGCGGGUGGCCAAUAUACUUGGUGUUGCUGGAGCCGAUGUGCCAAUAGCGGAAAUAAAAAAAUACCUUAAACCUCACCUGCUUGGUGUAAAUGGAUACGCCUUCAUUGUCACCAACAAUGGUUACAUCCUGACGCAUCCUGACUUCCGUCCAGUGUUUCAAGAUAUUCUCAAGCCAGCCUAUAACACGGUCGACAUGAUUGAGGUCGAGUUAACCGAUGAUGACCAAGGGCCACGAGAGUUCAAUAACAUGCUGCUUAAUAUGCGUGAAUCCAUUAUCAACCAGUCUACUGGAGCCAAGUGGAUACGAGUGAAGUACCACUUUGAUGAAAUGAAACGGGUUUCUCGUACCAAACGCCAGUAUUACUGGACACCAAUCAAGAACACUCCGUUCACGUUGGUAGUUACGUAUCCCGAGACGUACGGCGUCAAUCGGCUGCAGAUACGUACGGAGGACGAGAUACACCGCAUUCACGCUAAAGGUAGCAACGUGGCAAGCUUCUUCAGUGGCAACAAUUGGAAAAUUCAUCCAGAUUGGGUGUACUGUAAAUAUUUAAACGAACACCCGAACGAAACGUUCGCUACGCCCGAGCUAGAGUUGAAGCAUUUUCUCGAGCGCAUGAAGCUCGGUGGCUGGAAAUGGCCUUCAAACCGCACGCCACCACCACCCGAACAUGCCAUGUUCUCUAAUAUUACGGGCAAAUUGCCAGAAAAGGAUUAUUAUUACUGCGAUCGCGGUUUGAUGCAGGCGCUAGUGUAUGACGCUAAGGUAACGGAAUGGUUUUCCAAGAACGUUAGCGGGAGCGGUGGCAACAAAGAUGAAAAAGGUCCAAGCCCCAUUGCCGUGUUGAUGGGUUUGCUGCCAAGAAACGAGUUUAAGCAACGGUUCGGCAUCACCGUUUCCUUUCUGGCCACUCAUUCGGGUUUGACACGAUGGCAGGAAUACGCCACCGGUGCGGACGAAUCAAAACAAGCCGAGCCGGAUUUUAGUGAAAUGCACAACCGUGCAAUUGAUGAGGUGUGGUACAAGCGUGCGGUAGAGCUGUACUUUAGCAAUCGCAACCGUAAGGGUGCGGACGGUGAGAACGGCAAGGACGAUAGUGAUCGUAAUAGCUUCGUGUACUCGGUACCGUUUGAUGCGGGGAACCGAAACGAUACGCUCGUCACGGCGAGCCAUGCCAUUUUCCACACGGACGGGACGCGUGAGGCACCGGUUGCGGUGGUGGGUUUCCAGUUUCACCAUUCCGCGUUGUACACGCUGUUCAAAAACAUCACUAGCCAGUGCGGACAUGGGGAUCCGCGGUGCGAGAAAACAUGCUUUACCGGGGACUAUCAGUGUUACGUGAUCGACAACAAUGGGUUCGUGGUGAUCAGUGAGCAGCUGCAGGAGACGGGUGCAUUCUUUGGUGAGGUGAAGCCCGCCUUCAUGCAGCGCCUGCUGGACGAUAGCAUCUUCCGCAAUGUAACGGUGUACGACUAUCAGGCGGUUUGCUUCAUGCCGAAAGGGUCGAUCAAUCUGGCCACGGUACUGCAGACACCGCUACGAUUGAUCUGGUGGAUCCUUACGAAUACGCUCUCGUACCUGGUAUGGAUGGUGAUGCAAUUGUUGCUUAGUUUAGCACAAGCGUACGAUGAAAUGUACGAUACUGGAGCAUAUGAUGUGGUGCCGGAACUCGGCGAUCUCGAUGAUCCAACGUUGAAUCGCUAUAAAGAGCCAGAGUUCAACAAGGUACUGAUCAACCGUACCCGUCCAGAGCCAUGCGAUCACGUGAUCACCCUGUACGAGCUCAACAUGGACGUUGAUCCGUCGGUGUACACGAAGGAGGCACACCAAUGCGAACGACCGUACGUGGUGUUGCCGAUACCGUCCAGCAAUCUGCUGCUGUUAGUGCUGGACACACUCUGCCCACUGCCCACCCAUGUGCCACAGCUGUCGACAUGGCCGGUGGAGCACGAUUACAAUGCUUCACUCGCUUGCCACAAGGCCCGUAGCGAUCCGCUCCCCAGGCGAAGACCACUAACCUGCAUCAACAAGCAUGCAAACGAAAGUGUGAUCGAGCUGUGUGGGGACGGUAGCAUACCCAGGUACAACGUUGCUUUACUGCUUGCGCUGCUAGUGCUUGGACAGUGCAUAGUGCUGCGAGGCACUGCCGGUAGCAUCUUCGCUUACCUCUGAGACGCGUCGUGAACGUAUUUUUUUCCAUGCGUUCCCAUUCGUUUGUGUGCAUUUCGUUUGGCAAAGGUAUAAAUCGUAGUUGUAGCUUUAUUUAAUGUUCGGAAUGUUGAACCCAUUCCGGAUAAAGCGAAGUAGGCGAAAACGAUCGCAAUUCACAUUACAGGAAGAAACCAACUAGCAACAAAACGCGACUAAUCAACAACCGGGCACAAUAUUCACUGAGAGACAGAAAGGCGUUCCGUUUCGGGUCAGCAGGAGGCGGACUAUAUUUAUGGAUCAGUUAUACGUUGUCUAUCUUAGAGAGACUAUUCCAGAUGCCACACUGUUCAUUCUGGAUGUUACAUCAAUUAGCAUCAACGAGCAUUAGUUGUUAAUUCUAGUUUCAUGUUGUUUACCACCAAUUUUAUUAUGUGUACGAGAGUCUUUUUACCGAAUCCAACUGUUAUACUGUCAACUGUUAUACGGCGCCAUCUAGUACCAUUUAGUAUGAGUUUAAGUUUAGCACUACGUUAUUUUAUAUUAUAGCUAAUAAUUUUAAACUCUAUGCUAUAGUCUUGUUACUCAUUAUAGCUAUACUUUCGUGAUCAUGUAACCUUAUCGGGUAUGAGUGUAUGAAACAAUGAAUGUAGCACAAUAUUUUGCUUAAGGAUUUGUAAAAUUGGUUGGAUUCUUAGUACUAUUUGAGAUGAUAACGAAUAUGAAAGAUUUUAUUAUGAACUAUCAAAGGGAUCAGUUAAGCGUAGAAUGAUAAAGCUCCUUAGUAACUUAGCAACAAAAAAACAAACUUACCUAAGGUACUGUUUGAUAUUGGUUUCCCGGUUGUUGGUUUCAAAACUUUUGUUUCAUUGAAGCGAAUUAUACUUUAGUAAAAGUAACAACAAAAAUGCACUCUCAACCAUCUCGAAAAAUGGUAGAAAAACGAAAAAUACACUCAAAUACACAACUAAAAACCGGAUCAACUUGUAGAAUGGGAAAGGAAACCGAAAAAAAACCACUUGUUUCUCUGCGUACACUGUUCCUUCAAAAACACACAAACACACGAAUCCACGUUUACACUCUAUUAAUCAUAAAAAAAACUUUUUUGCUUUCUUACCCGCGAAACGCAACGAGAGUUUAUUGAAGGAUAAAUCAUUGUUAUAAGUAAAGAUAACCCAAUCUAGAGCAACAGACGGAACUAAUCUUAAGGAAAAUUAAAUAAGGACAAGAGGAUGUGAUAACAUUACCGAAAUGGCGUCACGUUCGGUCUUUGUUACGAUUGUCUGGUCAGUUUUCUUUCCCACAUUUGUUCUACAAAAACACAUACGCGAAUUUUACUCCGACACAAAGCUUUAUUCAUUCCUUUUGCAGCGACCGCGGCUAGAAGGAUCGACACGUUGUGAAGAAGAAUAGAAUCAGUUGAUUAUUGAUAAUGUUUAAUUCCUACCCAUUUGACGGCGACGGGACAGAUCCUUUCGAUACUUUACAGCAUAUUGAACCGAUUUGGAGCACGGGGAUGAAUAUAUCUAGUUACAAACUUGCUAUUAAUACUACUACCAUACCUACUUACCAUUUAACUACUACGAGUGCAAAAGAGCCAUUUCCGCUGUUGUGCUUUCGUCUACAGAUAGGGGACAAACAUGUUUACGUUGUUUCUAGUGGAAGAAUUUUACUCAACUACCGUAAGAAAUUGCUUCGUGAAGCUCGCAUCCACUCAAUCAAAAGAAACUAUUAUGGAAUCCCACUACUCAAGACGUGUUCCGUUGCUCAUGUACAGUAUGUCUUUUUUUUUGCAAAAUUCCCCAUUUUCAGUUGGGCGUUUUUUGAAUAUUUUAUGCGUUUAAUGAAACGAAAGCAUUUACUGAGUAAUAAUCGUGCAGGUGAACGUAACGCAAAGUACUUUGCGCAAACAUAAAUCGAGCUACUAAAGGGCAGGGCAAUACAAUACAUUGCUUGCCCAACCGUUUUCCCUAUUUGCCUAUGGAUCUUACCAUGCCUACGUAAGAGAGUCUACCUCUCAUAGCUGUUGCCAGGUGUUAGCAGACACAGCCACACACAACAUUAAAAAACAUACAAACCAAAUGUUAUUUCAUCUUUUGCCUAGAAGAAAUCGUGCAAGAUUGUGUAAAACGUAUAAGGGUAUGAAAGGUUUUGUUAUUUCUUAGAAAUUAAAAUAUUCAUCUGCAGACGAGACUUUGCUUCCGACCGUUGGUUAUUAGGUGAGAUGGUAAAACGGAAAACCUGCAAAAAAAAGAAAAUAAAAGAGAGAAUAAAAGGUGAAAAAUGAACAUGUGAAAAUGGAUCUUGAUGAUACUUUUUGAUAGUAGCAAUGGAACUAGGACUCAUCCCUACGGUGGUUGAAUGAAAAAUAAAGAAGGAUAUUAAAGUUUGUAACAAAAAACCAACAAAAAAAAACAAUUUCUUAAGAGAAGAAAAUUUACCAUGUCCGCUAUAACUAUCGCAAUGCAGAUCGAAACACCGGCUAGUGGCCCGGACACAGGUCAAGGAAUGGCGCAGGAGAGGCUAGCUUAGAAAUACAUUCAAUUUGACAUUUGUUUGGCUAGAUUAAAAUACGCGGUGUAGUCAUAAAAAGGGAACUACCAAAAGCCGCAGUAAACGAUUUAAUUCCUUCCCUCAAAAUGCGACAAGCGAAGAAACAAACUGUUGUAAAUUUCACACAUAAACGCGCUCGAUGUUGUACAUGGAGAACAGAAGAAGGAGAACAAAAAAAAACACACGCAAUUCCGUGUGACAAAGUUGGAAAGUGAACAAAAAAAAAAGAGAAAAAAAUGAAAAAGAGCAUUUCCGAUUGCUUCUACCCGAUUCUACACUCACUUAAAUAAAAACAAUCUCCUAUAGUUUAGUGUCGGCGCGAUACGAAAGCGAGACAACCACAGAACGAAAUCACAUAAGAAAACAAAACAAAAAUCAACAUGCAAACACACACGCAGAUCGCAGAUCGCAAAAGUGACACACAGAGCGUAAAUCAUCUAAAAGAAAAUCAAUUUCGGUUCGAUUUUUCAAAUGCAAUUUUUUUGGUAAUAAAAUAAAUCUGUGAUAAAAACAAACAGAAGAAAAAAAAGCAGAUUACACGGACAAGA